AUGGGCGGCCGCGGGGCUCCCCUGUGCGCGGCGCGAUCUGGGGUGGCCGAGGGUGGUCCGACGCGCGAGCCGCUGCCGCUUCUGGAGGUGCCCCCAGUCAAGAGGCUGCCCAGCGGGCCUGAUCAGGACCCAUGUGCCCGCCGCCCUGCACCCGAGGGCGCCGGGGCCAGCGCCGAACUGGGCCAGUCGACUGGGGGAGGCGGCUGGUGUCGCCACUGCCACACGAAGCUUGCAGAGCUCAAGCGGCAGGCGUGGAAGCUGGUCAGCGGGCCGGGGACACCCCUGCGGGACCCUCACCUCUCAGCCCUGCUCCUGGAGAAGCUGCCGGGGCCCGGGCCCCUGCCGGCCUGCUGCCCCGAGGCUGAACGCCGCUGUGACGUCUGCACCACACAGCUGAACCAGCUGACCAAGGAGGCUCUACAGCUGCUCCGGACACCCUCCCGGCGAGAGGACUCUGAUGACCCACGGGGGGCUCCUGCCCACAUGACCAGCCUGAGGGAUGCACAAGGGUCUACAGGCCCCACGAGGAAGCAGGGGGCCUGGGCUGGGCCAGACAGGAAGAAGGGGCCAGCAUGGCCGCCUGGGCCCAGCGUCCAGGUGUCCGUGUCCCCUGCUGGCCCUGGGGGAGCGCUGAGCACUGUCACCAUCCAGGCCCAGCAGUGCUUGGAGGGCAUGUGGAGUGUCAACAGCUUCCUCCCGCCCACGUGCCUGGCGGAGGCGGCAGUGGCUGCAGUGGCCGUAGCGGAGACGGUCAGGGAUGCCCCCCCUGCAGCAGGCCCGGAUAGCGUGUCCCAGGUGUGGGGCCUCGGGGAAGCGUGCACCACGGCUCUGGUCACCCCGGCCCCCACGGUGGCGGGCUCCUCCGGGCCAUCUGCUGCAGCCUCCUUCUUCAUCAGGGCUGCCCAGAAGCUCAGCUUGGCCUCCAAGCGCCGGAAGCCCCCACCCCCGCGGGCCCCAGCCUCCCGCGCUGCCUCUGCCUACCCCACUGACUUCAGCGGUGUCCUGCAGCUGUGGCCGCCCCCAGCACCACCCUGCCUGCUCAGGGCCGCCAAGGCCAAGGAUACCCUCAGCAGCUUCGGAAAGGUAAAAGUCAUGUUGCGCAUCUGGCCCUCUCAGCGCGCCCAGCGCUCGGCCGAGUCCAUGUCCUUCCUGAAGGUGGACCAGAGGAAGAAGCAGGUGACCCUCUAUGACCCGGCUGCGGGCCCUCCUGGCAGUGCUGGCCCCCGGCGCGCAGCCACCACUGUGGUGCCCAGACUGUUUGCCUUCGAUGCUGUCUUUCCUCAGGACUCGGAGCAGGCAGAAGUCUGCUCGGGAACCGUGGCUGACGUGCUGCAGGCUGUGGUCAGCGGAGCCGACGGCUGCAUUUUCUCCUUUGGCCACACGAGCCUUGGCAAGUCGUACACCAUGAUCGGCAAGGACAGCUCCCCGCAGAGCCUGGGCGUGGUACCCUGUGCCAUCUCCUGGCUCUUCAAGCUCAUCCAGGAACGCAGGGAGCGCACGGGCACCCGCUUCUCUGUGCGCGUCUCGGCUGUGGAGGUUUGUGGGCGAGACCAGAAUCUGCGUGACCUGCUGGCCGACCUGGCCUCUGACAGUCCUCAAGACACGCAGUCCCCUGGCGUGUACCUGCAGGAGGAUUCCGUCUGUGGGGCACAGCUGCAGAACCAGAGCGAGCUGCGGGCACCCACGGCUGAAAGGGCGGCUUUCUACCUGGACGCUGCCCUGGCUGCACGCAGCUCUAGCCGGCCGGGCUGCAGUGAGGACGUCCGACGCAGUUCACACCUGCUCUUCACGCUGCACCUCUACCAGUACAGCAUGCUCAAAUGCGGCCGCGGUGGAAUGUCGGGGGGCCGCAGCCGCCUGCACCUCAUCGACCUGGGCAGCUGUGACCCAGUGGUGUCCAGUCGGAGCGGGGAAGCUGCUGGGGGCCCCCUGUGCCUGUCCUUGUCGGCCCUGGGCAGUGUCAUCCUGGCUCUGGUCAACGGAGCUAAGCACGUGCCUUAUAGGGACCAUAGGUUGACCAUGCUACUGCGUGAAUCCUUGACCACCACCAACUGUCGGACAACCAUGAUUGCGCAUGUCUCAGAUGCGCCGGCUCACCAUGCUGAGACACUCAGUACCGUGCAGCUGGCUGCCCGCAUCCACCGCCUGCGCAGGAAGAAGGCCAAGUAUGCGUCCAGCUCAUCAGGUGGGGAGAGCUCCUGCGAGGAAGGCCGCUCCCGCCGCUCCCCUGCACUGCGGCCCUGCACACCUCACACCUCAGCCCUGGACCCCGAGCGCCGGAGGCCCAGUGACCCUGAUUACUCAUCUAGCAGCGAUCAGUCCUGUGACACGGUCAUCUAUGUGGGACCUGGUGGGACAGCGUUGUCCGAUCGAGAGCUCACUGACAAUGAGGGGCCGCCUGACUUCGUGCCCAUCAUCCCCGCACUGGACCGUCGCCGGACGGCCGUGGGGCCGCGGGACGCCGACUGUGACCACUUCCGCUGUAGCACCUUUGCCGAGCUGCAGGAGCGCCUGGAGGUCAUGGGCAGUGAGGGCCCCAGUCCUGCCUGCAGGAAGCUUCCGGGCCCUGAGCUGGCGUCUCCUAGAAAGGUUGCAGGCGCCCCGCUCGCCAGGCCUCCAGGUGGCCCUGGGCCAGAACCUCCUGGGGACACCUCUGAGCCCUCUACAUUGGGAGCGAAGGGUCAUCUGAGAGAGGACAGUGGUCCCGGUCCUGGGAUGCCUGGCCCGUCCCCUCUUCCACCAUGGCCAGAAGAAGCCAGGGGAGAGGGCACCGGCACAGGGGUGCAGACGCCCCCUCCUGGCUGCCCUCUCCAGCUAGCUCGAGGCCGCUGCCUGGACAGCGGCCUGCUGACCGCCACUGUGACCUUGCAGCAGCCGCUAGAGCUCAACGGGGAGGACGAGCUGGUGUUCACAGUGGUGGAGGACCUGCCGCUGGAUGGCCUCGCCGGCCCCCGGCCCGCCAGCCUGGCCAGCUUCGGCAGCGACUGCUCCCUGCAGGCCCUGGCCUCGGGCUCCAGGCCUGUGAGCAUCAUUAGUAGCAUCAACGAUGAGUUCGAUGCCUACACCUCUCAGGCUACCGACAGUGGAGCGCCCCUGGGCGAAGCCGUGUGGGCGGGCAGCGGCCGCGGCUCCUCGGUCAGUUCCUGGCUCAGUGAGGUCAGCGUCUGCUCAGCCGGCAGCUGGGGCUCCACGCCACAGCCCCCCUUCCCAGCCAGCUCCCACCCUCUCAACCCAGAGCUGCUGGCGGGGCCUGGGUCUCCGGGCCCCCUAUCCCUGGAGGGUUCCCCAGGAGCGGCCAGCUUUGAGCUCCCGGAGCACAGCGUGUUACACGGUCCUGCCUGGGGCCCUCAGCCAGGGGAGCUGCCCCCCGCAGUCUCCUCGAGGUCAAGCAGGGAGCCCCGGGUAGAGUCUCCCCGGAGACCCCCCACUACACAGACCAUCCACUCGAGUCUUCCGCGCAAAGCCAGAACUACCUCUGCUGGCCGAGAAGGUGGUCCACAGCCGGGCCAGAGCCCCCCACGACCCCAGAACUUGCUGGAGGACCCCUGGCUGCUGCGAGCAGAUGAGGCCUCUACCUCGACUGUGGGAGCCCCCUGCUCCCCUGAACCCCAAGCAUGCACCCAGAGAGUGGUGGAUGGCUGUGAGGUGGCUGUCAGGGCAACUGGGAGGCCCGAGGCAUGGAUUCCGCCCCUGCGGAGGGGUGCCACCAUUCUGGGUGUGACCACACCCUCCACGUCCUUUGGAGACAUGCUGGUCGAGGCCUUGGCCCCUUGUGGCAGCUUGAAGAGCAAGAAGAACCCGACCCCCAAGAGCAGCCCCAUCCUCCGGCCUGGAGGCAUGGUGCCCCCCGCCCCGCCUGUGCGCAAGUCCAGCCUGGAGCCCAAGAACAGCCCAGCCCCUGCCCUACCUGUGGGCCUCUCUCGGGCUGCUGUGGCCACUGUCACCCGAGGGGAAGAGGAGGCCAGGCCAGGUGGCCGAGGGGAUCACCCAGCCCCCAGGGCCACCUCCAGCCUGAAGGUGCGGGCUGGGAAGACUGAGCCCACGCACCGACCCGCCGUAGCUGCCUCCCUCGAGCGGCCUGAGGCCCUGACCCCCUUUGGCCGAGCCAGGGAGGCACCUGGCCGGCCUGGCCGAGCUGUGCCCAAGCUGGGGGUGCCAUCUGCUAGUUCCACGCCGGGGCCCUUGCCUGCCUGCAGAAGCAGCCCCAGCAAAGGACUUGGGGCCCCUAAACCCCCAGUCCCUGGGGGCAAAGGCCGCAGCCUAGGGUCUGGCGGGGGGAGGACCCUGAGCAGCUCAGUGAGGUCACUUACCCCCGUGCCAAUGGCCAGGACCCCCAGCGGCCCCGUGGUGGGCCCCAGGACGGCCUCCCGGGCAGUGCCCUGCUCUGGGGCCAAGGCAGGCCGGGGCACAGUCAUGGGCACCAAGCAGGCUUUGCGUGCCGCCCACAGCCGUGUCCACGAGCUGGCAGCUGGUGGCAUCCCCGGUCACGGCGGCCCCUCGUGGGCCACAGUGGACUCGGACAGUGGCAACGACAGCGGGGUGCACGUGCCAGUGGGCCCUGCACUGCCCUCGCCCUACAGCAAGGUGACGGCGCCACGGAGGCCCCAGCGCUACAGCAGCGGGCACGGCAGUGACAACAGCAGUGUGCUGAGUGGGGAGCUCCCGCCCGCCAUGGGCCGCACGGCCCUCUUCUACCACAGUGGAGGCAGCAGCGGCUACGAGAGCGUGAUCCGGGACAGCGAGGCCACGGCCAGCACCUCCUCCGCCCCCGACUCCAUGAGUGAGAGCGGGGCUGCCUCCCCGGGCGCCCGCUCCCGGAGCCUCAGGUCCCCCAAGAAGAGGGCUGCGGGUCUGCAGCGACGGCGGCUGAUCCCAGCUCCUCUGCCGGACACUGCCGUCCUGGGCCGCAAGCCCGGUGUCCCAGGGCAGUGGGUGGACCUGCCUCCCCCUUUGGCCAGCGUGCUCAAGGAGCCCUUUGAGAUUAAGGUGUAUGAGAUCGACGACGUGCAGCGACUGCAACGACGCAGGGCAGCUGUGCGGGAGGACCCUGAGGGCCUGGCGAACAUGGGUGCCCGAUUGCGGCUGGCGGAGCACAGGCUGCAGAGGCUGGGGGAGGUGCGGGCGCGGCGGGAUCAGCUGUGCCAGGAGCUGGCGGAGACCCAAGGCCGGCUGAUGGUGGAGCCUGGACGCUGGCUGGAGCAGUUUGAAGUAGACCCACAGCUGGAGCCUGAGUCACCAGAGUACCUGGCAGCGAUGGAGCGGGCCACGGCUGAGCUGGAGCGCUGCGUCAGCCUGUGCAAGGCCCACGUCAUGAUGGUCACCUGCUUCGAUGUCAGCACCACUUCUGCCGCUGCCCAGGGGCCCAGGGAGGUGGACGUCUGA